AUGCGCGAUCUGACUUACGCUUUACUGACCAUCUCUAUCACCGCCACCUCGUUGCCAACACACCAUCACCAUCAAUCCCCUUCAACUACCCAAAACACCUCGCAUCUUCGCAUCUUCGCAUUUUCGACCUCGCAUCACCUCUCGACCUUAAUCUGCACAUUGCACCGACCUUCGCAUUCUCGCACAUCAGCCACGUCCACACUCCUCAUCUCCGGAUCCGCCGACAACCAGAUGCGUCUUUGGGAGGUGGCUACCGGCAAGUGCCUCUUCACCUGGGAGUUCACCACCGCUGCCAAGCGUGUUGCCUGGUCUGAAGAUUGCACUCAGGUUCUCGUAGUCACAGAACAGCGUAUGGGUUACCGCGGAUCGCUGCGUGUCUUCCGCAUCAACCGUGACCCCGCCACAUGGACACAGCAGGACCCUGAACCCACCCGCACCAUCACCUUCUCUGGCCCCAAGGCCGUUGUCGCUGCUUUCGCCCCUUGCGACCAAUACAUCAUCACCGGCCACGAGAACGGCAAGGUUGCAGCCUACUAUCACGACGAGAAGGAGCCCGAGAGCGGUAUCGACGCAGAGCUUGAGGAGCAGUCCACCGACGCACACCCUGGCGAGAUGAUCUCGGACAUGCAGAUGAGCGCCGACCGCACAUACUUUGUCACCUCUUCCAGAGACAAGACCUCCAAACUCAUCGACUCCAUGACAUUGCAAGUGAUCAAGACAUACGCCACCGAGACACCAUUGAACAGUGCUUCCAUUCAUCCAACCAAGCCUUUCGUCAUUGUUGGUGGUGGUCAGGAUGCUAUGAACGUCACAACCACUUCGGCACGACAAGGUCGAUUCGAGACUCGAUUCUGGCACAAGGUCUUUGAGGAGGAGUGCGCACGUCUCCCUGGCCACUUUGGUCCUAUCAACACCAUCGCCAUUCACCCCGCCGGCAUUGCAUACGCUUCGGGAGGAGAGGACGGUUACGUUCGAGUCAACUGGUUCGACCCUGGCUUCUUCAACUCCAAGCUUUACGGCGCUGACCUUGAGCUUGCCCUCGAGGACCAAUAG